GAUGCGCAUCCACUCCCUGGAGAACGUGGACAAGGCGCUGCAGUUCCUGAAGGAGCAGCGCGUGCACCUGGAGAACGUCGGCUCCCACGACAUCGUGGACGGGAACCACCGCCUCACGCUGGGCCUCAUCUGGACCAUCAUCCUCCGCUUCCAGAUCCAGGUGAUCAAAAUCAAGACGGAGGACAACCGCGAGACGCGCUCGGCCAAGGAUGCUCUGCUGCUUUGGUGCCAGAUGAAAACGGCGGGGUACCCGGAGGUGAACAUCCAGAACUUCACCACCAGUUGGAGGGACGGCUUGGCCUUCAACGCCCUCAUCCACAAACACCGGCCGGAUCUCGUGGACUUCCAGAAGUUGACCAAAUCCAACGCCACCUACAACCUGCAGAGCGCCUUCAACACGGCCGAGCAGCACCUGGGGCUCAGCAAGCUGCUGGACCCCGAGGACGUCAACAUGGAGGACCCCGAUGAGAAGUCCAUCAUCACCUACGUCGUCUCCUUCUACCACUACUUCUCCAAGAUGAAGGCGCUGGCUGUGGAGGGGAAACGCAUCGGGAAG